ACGUGUCUCUGCUGCUCUCUCUUUCUCCCGGAGCGGCUUGAUGGAGCCACACUGACUCCGAUCAGCAUUCAGACUGAACCAGGAACACGACAGGAGCUGCACGUAGGACACCAUGGGGAUUAAAUUUUUGGAGUUCAUCAAGCCGUUCUGUGCGGUCUUGCCAGAAAUUCAGAAACCAGAAAGAAAGAUUCAAUUUAGAGAAAAAGUACUAUGGACUGCCAUUACACUUUUCAUCUUCCUGGUCUGCUGCCAGAUUCCUCUUUUUGGCAUCAUGUCUUCAGAUUCGGCAGAUCCCUUUUACUGGAUGAGAGUAAUCCUGGCUUCAAACAGAGGUACUCUGAUGGAGCUGGGCAUCUCACCCAUUGUCACCUCAGGUCUUAUCAUGCAGCUGCUGGCUGGUGCAAAGAUCAUUGAGGUGGGAGACACCCCCAAGGACCGAGCCCUCUUCAAUGGAGCUCAGAAAUUGUUUGGAAUGAUCAUCACCAUUGGACAGGCCAUUGUUUACGUCAUGACCGGCAUGUAUGGAGACCCUUCAGAGAUGGGCGCUGGGAUCUGCUUGCUCAUCAUCAUCCAGCUCUUCGUUGCAGGUCUGAUCGUCUUGCUGCUGGACGAGCUGCUCCAGAAGGGUUAUGGUCUGGGUUCUGGUAUCUCUCUCUUCAUCGCGACCAACAUCUGUGAGACCAUCGUCUGGAAGGCCUUCAGCCCCACCACGGUCAACACCGGCAGAGGUACUGAGUUUGAGGGAGCCAUCAUCGCCCUCUUCCAUCUCCUGGCCACCCGCACAGACAAGGUGCGCGCCCUGAGAGAAGCCUUCUACAGACAGAACCUGCCUAACAUCUUGAACCUCAUCGCCACCGUCUUCGUGUUUGCUGUGGUCAUAUACUUCCAGGGCUUCAGGGUCGACCUGCCCAUCAAGUCAGCACGCUACCGUGGUCAGUACAACACCUACCCCAUCAAACUGUUCUACACCUCCAACAUCCCCAUCAUCCUGCAGUCUGCCCUCGUCUCCAAUCUCUACGUCAUCUCUCAGAUGCUCUCAACUCGUUUUAGCGGGAACUUCCUCGUGAACCUCCUAGGAACCUGGUCUGAUGCAACGAGUGGUGGACCUGCUCGAGCCUACCCUGUGGCCGGGCUCUGCUACUACCUCUCCCCUCCGGAGUCGUUUGGCUCGGUCCUGGACGACCCGGUUCACGCUGCCAUCUACAUCGUCUUCAUGCUCGGCUCCUGCGCCUUCUUCUCAAAGACCUGGAUCGAGGUCUCAGGAUCUUCUGCUAAAGAUGUGGCGAAGCAGCUGAAGGAGCAGCAGAUGGUGAUGAGGGGACACAGAGAGACCUCCAUGGUGCAUGAGCUGAACAGGUACAUCCCCACAGCUGCUGCCUUCGGUGGCCUCUGCAUAGGAGGGCUGUCCGUCAUGGCUGACUUCCUGGGGGCCAUUGGUUCGGGGACAGGAAUCCUCUUGGCUGUGACCAUCAUCUACCAGUACUUUGAAAUCUUUGUGAAGGAGCAGAGCGAAAUGGGCAGCAUGGGAGCACUGCUCUUCUAAAAAAUACCAACCUUCGGACACACAUAAGACACAAAGCAUCCACCCGCCCCCCACCAUUGUUUUAAUUUUGCAAUUUUUUGCAAUUUCGCACAAUCAGUUCAUUUUGCAGCUGGAAUAGGUUUUUUAUUUUCUCCGCUAUCUGUGUUUUCCACCAUUACUUUUUUAGCAGUUGAAACCGUUUUCCCAGCAGGCUGCCCAAGUCCCCACUGACUGUCUUAAAAGCUGAAAAAUGCCUAAAAGCACAUCAGUGUGAGGAGCUGUCUUUGAUUUACCUCGGGCAUUGUUCAUCGCAGCAUGUUCAAGGAACACUAAGACAGAGACGACGUGAUAGUGCUAAUUUUAAGCUGAAAGCACUGCCUGGACCUUUUGGGGGAGUUGAAAGAAAGCCAUGUCAGGUUCAUCUCAAAGUAGCAAUCAUGGCUGAGGUUUCUGGGAGCCUAUAGUAGGGUUUGAACAGUAUAAAUAAAAUAUGCUUGCACUCCUGAUGAGGUCUCUGGUAAUCUCAGACAAAGCCGUCUAUGGUUUUAUUUUUUGGAUAUUUUUAAUGAUGGACUAUGUUUAUAUUCACUCUGGUCUUAUGUAGGGCAAAUGUGUUUGUCCUCUGUCUGGGUCCUCAAAGGAAAGUGUGUGUCUGUGUCGUCAUGCUCUUUUAUUCCCAGACUGUAUUGCUGCACAAAAUUGCCGACGUGGUCGGGAUGAGGGUGGGUUUGAUAGGGAUGAGAAAGGGUUUCAUUUUGGUUUUUACUUUAUGUAACAGACAUUGUUAUUAAAAAAAAAAACAAGAUUUUUUUCCAACAUA